UCCUCAAACCCCACGAUUCGCAUUCUAUACUUUUUGCUCGUUUUGCUCAUCAGAAUGAAUCAACUUACGUUUCUCACGCUACUCGGUAUUGCGAUCAGACCAUCGGAAGCACAACAGGACUAUACGCCAUUUGUGAAUCCUUUCAUCGGUGCCGAAGGACCAAUUCCUGGAUAUGCCUAUGGGGGCGGAGAUAUUUUCGUUGGCGCUGCGGUGCCUUUCGGUGUCGUAAAGCUGGGUAUCGACACCCAAGAGGACAAUGUGACCAUCGCUACGAUUAAUGGCGGCUACACUCCAAGAGGUCUCGUAACUGGUGUGUCCAUGAUGCACGAAUCUGGGACGGGAGGUUGCCCCAAGUACGGUGUAAUCUCACAGAUGCCUUUGACAAACGUUGGGGCGCCGAUCAACUUUCUCGACAAUACAACAUAUUGGCAGAAAAGAGUCGGGCAAGAUGAAGCCAGCGUGGGAUCUUUUGCAACCGAUUUGGAAAAUGGAGUCCACAUCAGCCUGACAGGCAGCAGGCAUGCUGGUCAAUUAAGAUAUGAGUUUCCCGGUGACCAAAAACAUGUUCUCGUCGACGUCUCACACUUUCUGCCCGAGCCUACUGGCGGCUUCUGCACACAGCAUUAUCUAGACGGCUCAAUUGGUAUUGCUGAAGAUAACAAGACAUACACUGGUCAUGGAACAUAUGCUGGCGGCUUCAAUCUUGGUGCACCUUAUACUGUUUACUUUUGCGGCGAAUUUGACACUGCGCCUCAAGAUGCACAAACCUGGCACGGUUUGAACACUUCUCGUGUUGCCAACGGAACAACUCCGCAACCUACGAUUGGCGGGAGAAAUGUGACAGCAAAACCAAAUGGCGAUAGAGUCGGCGCAAUCUUCAGUUGGACAGACGUGAGCAGCUCUACCAUCCAGUCCAAAGUCGGGAUUUCAUUCAUCUCUAUCGAAAAAGCAUGCGCUUUCAAGGACACCGAGCUUCCCUCGUGGAACGAAGACGAUCACGUCGCAGCAGCCCGAAAAGAAUGGAAUGCAGACGUCUUCAGCAAGAUUCGCGUAGACACUGGAGAGUCUGCAAAUGCGACGAACCUGAUCCUUCUGUACUCUUCAUUGUACUUCAUGCACUUGAUGCCGUCUAAUCGGACGGGAGAGAAUCCACUCUGGGAAUCCGACGAGCCUUCCUGGGAUGACUUCUACUGCAUUUGGGAUACCUUUCGCAACACCAUCAGUCUUUCUCAUUUGAUUACGCCAGAAGCAUCCGAAAGCCAGAUCCGAUCAUUGAUCGAUAUAUACAGGCAUCAAGGCUACAUGCCCGAUGGAAGGUCAGGGAAUGACAACGGUCUUAGUCAAGGCGGAAGUAAUGCGGACAACUGGCUUGCAGAUGCAUACGUCAAAGGAAUGCGGGGAGAUGUCAAUUGGGUCGACGGGUACGCGGCGAUGCGGAAAGACGCUGAAGUCUCGACAAACGGCAGCAACAAAGAAGGUCGAGGCGCUCUGGAUGACUGGCUGACCUACGGCUAUGUCACCGAAGCGAGCGAACGAUCAAUCUCUCGCUCCGUCGAGUACUCGUUGAACGACUUUGCGCUAAGUCAAGUGGCCAAAGGGGAGAAGCCAGAAGAAGCGGAAAAGUACUUGAACCGUUCAGCGGGAUGGCAGCAUCUAUGGAAUCAUGAUACGCCCAGCGUAAAAACUACGCCUGUGUUCACGGGCUUUUUGACUCCAAAGUCUGGCGAUGGGACUUUCAAUACAACCAACUACAAUCCAGCCACUUGUGAUGUAUGCUCUUGGCCAUCCGUCACAUACGAGGGAACCCCCUUCGAGUACUCAUUCGUCAUACCGCACGACGUAGAAACCCUUAUCGACUUCAUGGGAGGGCAAACCUCUUUCGAAUCGCGUCUAGAUUACAUCUUCCAGCCUAACACGAGCCAAACGAAUCUCGGCGCAAAUGGUUUGGGCAUUACGACGAUUAUGAAUAUCGGCAAUGAACCAGACUUUGCUACUCCAUAUCUCUACAAUUACAUCAACAAGCAAUGGAAGAGCGUGAACCAGUCUCGUGCACUUGCGCGGCAAUUCUUCAAAAACGCGCCUUUCGGCGUUCCUGGUAAUUCAGACUCAGGAGCUCUGAACUCAUGGCUUAUCUGGCAAAUGCUCGGUCUUUACCCGAUAGUAACACAACCCGUCUACCUCCUUUCCUCGCCCUGGUUCUCCGAUAUCAACAUGACCAUCAACGGCAAUCGCACGCUCCGAAUCACGGCGGAAGGGUUAGGUGAAGAUAGUUAUUUUGUGCAAGGGGUGAAGAUUAAUGGCAAAGAGUGGCAAAAGAAUUGGUUCUUGCAUGACGAUGUUAUGGUGGAGGGUGGAACUAUUGAGUUUACGCUGGGCGAGGAGAAUGUGGUCUGGGAAACAGAAGAUGGUCCGCCGAGUCCAGGGCAUGUUAGGGUAUAGAAUGACGAUGUAAAAUGGGAUAGGGGUCCGAUGAAAUGGCAAGCCUCAGGGACACUGAUUUUCAGCGGGGAUACCAGUAGGGUAGUUCUUGCGACCUCCAUACGAUUCAAUAC